AGGGGUGUAGGUCUAUGAAUUAAGAGGCAGCUUCUGCUAGGUCUCCCCCACAGCUGCUCCACUGCGGGGCUUGGGCACAGGAGUCUGGUAGAAGCCGACAGGCUGCUGGGGCUCCUGGGAGGAUUGGCAGACGGCAGAAGCAGGGGUGAGAUCGGGCCGAGGAGCAGAAUCAGCACACCUGGAGGCAGAAUGUCAGGCAAAGAGAGCAAAGGUGCAGCGAAGGAUCCAGGGUCGGAGCCCACACUGGGGAUGGACCCCUUCGCGGACACGCUGAGGCGGCUGCGGGAGGCGUUCAGCGCAGGGCGGACGCGGCCGGCCGAGUUCCGGGCGGCGCAGCUCAGGGGCCUGGGCCGCUUCCUGCAGGAACACAAGCAGCUUUUGCAGGAGGCGCUGGCGCAGGACCUGCACAAGGCAGCUUUCGAGACAGACAUAUCCGAGCUCAUCAUGUGCCAGAACGAGGUCGACCUCGCGCUCAAGAACCUGCCCACCUGGAUGAAGGACGAGCCUGUGGCCAAGAACCUGCUCACGCAGAUGGGCUCUGCCUUCAUCCGGAAGGAGCCCUUCGGCCUGGCGCUCAUCAUCAGCCCCUGGAACUAUCCCGUGAACCUGACCCUGGUGCCCCUGGUGGGUGCCCUCGCCGCAGGGAACUGUGUGGUGCUGAAGCCGUCAGAAAUAAGCAAGAGCACAGAGAAGGUCCUGGCUGAGGUCCUGCCCCAGUACCUGGACCAGAGCUGCUUUGCCGUGGUGCUGGGCGGGCCCCAGGAGACGGGGCGGCUGCUGGAGCACAAGUUCGACUACAUCUUCUUCACGGGGAGCCCUCGGGUGGGCAGGAUCAUCAUGUCUGCGGCCGCCAAGCACCUGACGCCCGUCACGCUGGAGCUGGGGGGCAAGAACCCCUGCUACGUGGACGACGACUGUGACCCCCAGACCGUGGCCAACUGCGUGACCUGGUUCCGCUACUUCAACACCGGCCAGACCUGCGUGGCCCCCGACUACGUCCUGUGCAGCCCUGACACGCAGGAGCGGCUGCUGCCCACCCUGCAGAGCGCCAUCACCCACUUCUACGGCGAGGACCCCCGGAGCUCCCCGAGCCUGGGCCGCAUCAUCAACCAGAAGCACUUCCAGCGGCUCCGAGGCCUGCUGGGCUGUGGCCGCGUGGCCAUUGGCGGCCAGAGCGACGAGAGCGAGCGCUACAUCGCCCCCACAGUGCUGGUGGACGUGGAGGAGACGGAACCCGUGAUGCAGGAGGAGAUCUCCGGACCCAUCCUGCCCUUCGUGAACGUGAGGAGCCUGGAUGAGGCCAUCGACUUCAUCAACCGUCGGGAGAAGCCCCUGGCCCUGUACGCCUUCUCCAACAACAAACAGGUAGUGAACCAGAUACUGGAUCGGACCAGCAGCGGGAGUUUCGGAGGCAAUGAGGGCUUCAUCUACCCGACUCUGACGUCCCUGCCGCUGGGGGGAGUCGGGAACAGCGGGAUGGGACGAUACCACGGCAAGUUCUCCUUCGACACCUUCUCCCACCACCGCGCCUGUCUGCUCUCCCACCCCGGCCUGGAGAAGCUCAAUGAAAUCCGCUACCCUCCCUACACUAACAGCAAAGAGCAGCUGGUCGGCCUUGGGGUCCCAAAGCUGCACCCUUCUGUGAACACCCUGUGCCCCUCCAGUGCCCUACCCCCACGAUCCCUCUGUCCUGCCGCUGCCAGGUGUUCAGUGUGGGGCUCGGAAGGAGGGGAUCCUGUCCAGGAGUGCAAAGAUUGUCUUCUUGGGCCUUUGUUUCAACAGACCCUUGGCUGGGCAGGACCUCUGGGCCUUUGGUCCACUGUUUUCAGGGCCAAAGUCCUUGCCUGUGGUCUCCUGAUUCAGCUUGGCUAUGCCUGGUGAUGGAAUUCUUGUGGUUAGAAAGGACUCCCUUGUAUCAGAUCUAUAAUUAGGCCCCCCAAAUGCAGAGCGAUUUCUAACAGCACCACUCACACCUGGUUUGGGGAGCUGACAUAAUCUGAUUUUGAGCCCGGACCUGGCUAGUUGCCGAAGUCACCCGAAAGGGUGUCCCUGGCAAGGACUCUGAUGCUGUGGGUAGGUGGAAUCAACAGGAAAGAGUACAAGGGGUGAUUAGUCACGUCUGCUCUGGGCACAGGAGGGGGUGUGCACAUUCUGGACAUGUCUAUCAUCCGGCCGCAGACUCCCAGGAGGAGAUCGUGGUCGGCAGAGUCUAAACCUAGGCACUCCAUCCGACAUAUGGGGACACUGAGGUUUAGAGACAGCAGGGGGCCGAACCGAGUUUAUACAGGAAAGCAGGGCAGAGCUGAAUGAUGGCGGGUUUCUGGAGAAAUUUGGAGGGGGGGGGGGCAUCAGUAAACAGAAUAUAUCUAGUGCAUCGUGACCUGCCUCUUACUCUUCCCCAAAUCCUCAUCCUGGGAGCUCACUUCCAACCCCCCCCCACUCUUCAUGGGGCUCCUCACCCCUCAGAGCCAUGGGCAGACUGGGGGUGUGGCCUCCGGUUGAGGGAAAAGGAGGAGGAUGGCCAUCUUGCACACCACGAUCUCUGAAAUGUGGCCCCCGGUGACCAUCUAGUCAAUGAGGGCAUCUAUCUAUGGUGUUCAGAUUCUCUAGUCCCCUGAUGAUGGCAGCCUGGUCUGCACGGUGAUGGGGGACAGCUUGGCUUAGGCCACAUGCCGUGUCCACACAUAUUUAGAAGCCUCGCCCAGAGGAAGGGACUGAUACAAUCAAGUUGCUGGUCCCUCCGCGGCCGGGAGCUCCGGUGGGUGGCCCCAGCUUCUUUCGCAAUUGUCUUGGGUAUUGUUUAGAACACACAGGACGUGGAAUUAUGUCACUGACCGAGUCACUGUACUCGGAGGGCAGUCCGGCCUCCUUGGCAAGAUGCCAUCCUGCUGGGGCACUGGGGUGGCCCCGCUCUCUACGCACCCGAUCUAGUCAGUAUCUCGGGCUCGGGCUCCAGCGAGGGCAUCAGCUUCCCAACUCCCCGGGGUUGUGCCAUGUGAACGGAGAUGAAAACCGGGGAGGGAGGAGUAGCUCAGGCUCUUGCAGGUGAAUCCAAAGGUCUUUCCACAUCCGCUGCCCCCACAGAGGCGUGGGCACAAGCUUCCACCCCUCAGCUUCCCCUGCUCAGAGCUGCCAGGUUAAUCCCUUUAAAACAGCCCAGCUGUCGUUGCCAAGGGCUAAAGGCCACGGCUCGCUCACGAGCAAUCACUGGCCAGAUGACUUAGAGCUCAGCCCGCUGGUUGCUGCACUG